CACACACUUGCUAUCUAAGCUAGCUAUCACAUUAAUCUACUUCGAUCUCAAACUAAAGUGACCUUAAGUAUAUUUUAUACCUUCAAGACAACUAUAUAUUAAACAUGAGUUUAAGGAGUGAGAGUUAUCAACUUCUUUCCAAGAUUGCAACCAAUGACCAACAUGGAGAAAAUUCUCCAUAUUUUGAUGGGUGGACAGCAUAUAAGAAAAAUCCAUUUCACCCUACAACAAAUCCUCAAGGUGUAAUCCAAAUGGGCCUUGCAGAAAAUCAGCUUUGCUUUGAUCUGUUUGAAGAAUGGAUGAAGAAUAAUCCCAAGGCAUCAAUUUGCACUCCUGAAGGUGUGCAUAAGUUCAGAGAUAUUGCUAACUUUCAAGACUAUCAUGGAUUGCCAGAGUUUACAAGUGCUAUGGCAAAUUAUAUGUCAAAAGUGAGAGGUGGUAGGGUAAGAUUUGAUCCAAACCGUAUAUUGAUGAGUGGGGGGGCAACAGGGGCAAACGAGUUAAUCAUGUUCUGUUUGGCUGAUCCAGGAGAUGCUUUUUUAGUUCCUACUCCUUAUUAUCCAGCAUUUCUUCGUGACUUGUGUUGGAGAACUAAGGCUCAAUUAAUUCCUGUCCAUUGUGAUAGUUCUAACAACUUCAAAAUAACAAGAGAAGCACUUGAAGCAUCAUACAAAAAAGCACAAGAGGACAACAUUAAUGUUAAAGGUUUAAUCAUAACAAACCCUUCCAAUCCAUUAGGCACAACUAUAGAGAAAGAGACAUUAAAGAGUAUUGUAAGCUUCAUUAAUGAAAAAACAAUCCAUUUAGUUUGUGAUGAAAUCUAUGCAGCCACAGUUUUCAGCUCUCCAAGCUAUGUAAGUGUAUCUGAAGUGAUACAAGAAAUGAAGUGCAACCUUAAUCUCAUUCACAUCAUCUAUAGUUUAUCAAAGGACUUAGGGUUCCCUGGUUUUAGGGUUGGGAUAGUUUAUUCAUACAAUGAUGAAGUUGUGAGUUGUGGAAGGAAAAUGUCAAGCUUUGGAUUAGUCUCAACUCAAACUCAAUACAUGUUGGCUUCAAUGCUUUCAGAUGAAAAAUUUGUUGACAAGUUUCUUUUGGAGAGUUCAAGAAGGUUGUCAAAAAGGCAUGAAAAAUUCAUAAAAGGACUUGAAGAAGUUAAUAUUAGUAGGUUUCCUAGUAAUGCUGGACUUUUUUGUUGGAUGAACUUGAAAAGUUUGCUUAAGGAGGAAACAUUUGAAGGUGAGUUGAAGCUUUGGAGAUUGAUUAUCAAUGAAGUGAAGCUUAAUGUUUCACCAGGGUCAUCUUUUAAUUGCUCUGAGGUUGGUUGGUUUAGGGUUUGUUUUGCUAAUAUUGAUGAUGAAACUGUGGAAAUUGCUUUGAAAAGAAUAAGAGAUUUUAUUGGGAAAGAAACAAAGAAGAAAGUUGAAGUCAAACGUUGGCAACCAAAUCUAAGACUUAGCUUCACUUCAAGAAGGUUUGAUGAGUCUGUUUUGUCACCUCACAAUCACAUUAUCAUUUCUCCUCAUUCCCCACUUGUUCGAGCCACAUGAUAGAGGUUAUAAAUUUCCACAUGGAUC